CAUGAAUGGAAUACAAUAUGUUAGAUUUAGAAAUUCAGACGAAAUAGAUGGGGCAUCUGAUGCAAUCCUUUCUUUGUUGUAGUGGCCUACUUUCUCAUGACCUCAAUAAAAUAAAUAAAUAAAUAAAUCGACUAAAGAAGGCCAACAGUGGGCGGAAGUGACGUCUGUUCGUCCUUCUUGGAAAAAAUGGCAGCUGUUGACAUCGACGUGCCGGUGGACACAGAAUCCCAAAUCCGCAGUCCAGAGGAGAUGGAGCGGCCUGGAAAACAAGCCAAAAGAUGCAAAGAUCAGGCUGAAGGCUUCAAAGAGCAAGGAAAUGCAUUCUACAGCCAGAAAGAUUACUCUGAGGCUUUCAACUACUAUACUAAAGCCAUCGAUGCGUGCCCCAAAAAUGCCAGUUAUUAUGGCAACAGAGCUGCCACCCUCAUGAUGCUCAGUCGCUUCAGAGAGGCCCUGGAGGACUCCCAGCAGGCUGUUCGGCUGGAUGACUGUUUCAUGAAGGGUCAUCUGCGUGAGGGCAAGUGCCACCUCUCAUUGGGAAAUGCGAUGGCGGCCAGUCGCUGCUUUCAGAAGGUUUUGGAGCUGGAGCCCAGCAACAGGGAGGCCCAGCAGGAGAAUAAGACUGCAGAGACUCUACUGGAGUUCGAACGAAUGGCGGAUUUUGGCUUUGAAAAGCGGGAUUUCAGAAAGGUGGUAUUCUGUAUGGACCGAGCUUUAGCUGUGGCUUCUGCCUGCCACCGCUUCAAGAUCCUGAAGGCUGAGUGUCUGGCUCUGCUGGGACGCUAUCCAGAAGCCCAGUCUGUAGCAAGUGAUAUCCUACGAAUGGAUUCCACGAAUGCAGACGCACUGUAUGUUAGAGGCCUCUGUCUCUAUUAUGAGGACUGCAUCGAUAAAGCCGUACAGUUCUUCGUCCAGGCUUUGCGCAUGGCACCUGACCACGAAAAGGCCCGGCUAGCUUGCAGGAAUGCAAAAGCCCUAAAAGCCAAGAAAGAGGAGGGCAACCAGGCAUUUAAGAACAACAACUAUGAAGCUGCCUACCAGCUGUACACUGAGGCACUGAUGAUAGAUCCCAACAACAUUAAGACCAACGCUAAACUCUACUGCAACAGAGCCACGGCAGGAGCAAAGCUGAAGAAACUUCAACAAGCCAUUGAAGACUGCUCCAGUGCAAUCAAACUAGAUGACACUUAUAUCAAAGCCUACUUAAGAAGAGCUCAGUGUUACAUGGACACAGAGCAGUACGAGGAGGCUGUACGGGACUAUGAGAAAGUUUACCAGACAGAAAAAACAUCAGAUCACAAGCACCUGUUGAAGAAUGCACAGCUGGAGCUAAAGAAGAGCAAAAGGAAAGAUUACUACAAGGUGCUUGGGGUCGGCAAGAACGCCACUGAGGAUGAGAUUAAGAAGGCCUAUCGCAAACGAGCACUUAUGCACCACCCAGACCGCCACAGCGCUGCAACUCCAGAGGUGCAAAAGGAGGAGGAAAAGAAAUUCAAGGAGGUGGGGGAGGCCUUCACUGUGCUCUCCGACCCAAAGAAGAAGAUCCGCUAUGACAACGGACAUGACCUGGAUGAUGACGGUGGCUUUGAAGGGAGAGAUUUUGACGCAAACAACAUCUUCAGGGCUUUCUUUGGCGGCCACGGUGGAGGAUUCAGUUUCGACUCCAGUCCAGACUCUGGACCUGGAAAUUUCUUCUUCCAAUUUGGCUAAAGUGGAGGAGCAUGUGGGAAAAUGCAGCCCUGCAGUGGACAAAAUGAAGUUGGACUCACAGUCACGCAUGAUGCUCAUUCUCCUGAGUGUCUUGCGAAAAAAAACAAAAAAAGUCUCCUCCCUUUUCUCCUGCGAGAGGUUUUUGAUGAUUGCAUUCACUCCUAAAUUUACUCCUGACAUUGAUGCUAACAAAACACUGGGAAGGAUAAUUCAGAGGGUUUAGUUUGGAAUUAACAAUGUAAAUAAAGAAGUUCUCAAAUCUGUUUUUAAAGAGGUUUGGAGCUGAUUGGCGCAUGCACCCUGUUGCCAAAAUCAAAAAUGAUAUUAAGAAAAAGUCUUACCAGACUGCCUCAACCUUCACGAAGGAGAUCAGUGGUAAGAAAUGCAUUGGAAAUAAGCAUCAUGGUUGAUUAGUUUUAGAAGACAUAACGUGGUAUAAGUUUUUAAGGUUCUCUUGGGACGGCGUGUCUCUUGAGCAAGAGUCAAUGUACUGUGGAAGUUCAAUGUCAAACCUGACCUCAGGACAGCCUGUUAAGGACAACGCUGGUCUCUUGCGGGUGUGUGUCCAGGUUUUAUUGGCUCACUUGCCAAAUAUAGAACUUGCAGGGUUUUUUUGGUUCUUCUUACUUUCUUCAUGCUGCAUUGUAUAUUUGACUCGAAUGUAAAUCAUUUUUGUGUCCAUAAAUUGUUCCUCUUCAGUCUUCCCUCAGUCUAUUUAUAUUUAUUGUACUGUAUAGUCUAACCUGUACACAGCACAGUGCCAGUGUUCAUUGUCUUCCCAUUUUUUUGUUUUUGUUUUUUAAGAGACUCAUUUGUAAAUGUUUUCUCUUCACUCUCAGAUUGUGAGGCCAAAAUCAGCACACAUACACCCACAAGUUGUCUUCUGUUGAAAGCACCGACCACACUGUCCUACUGUCCCAUUGAAAUUCAAGUGGUGCCUUACAAGAAUGAGCAGAUCAGUUAACCUUCUUGACAGUACAUCAAAAAGCUGCAGAGCAUGCCACAUCCUGUUUGCACCAGUCAUGUACAGCAUGUUGUUUUUGAGCUCUUUCAUAUUUAAAAAAAGACAACUUUUUUUCAUAUCUGGCCAGGAAACCAAUAUGUUUUUGAAUUCUUCAUCCCAUCAAACAUGAAAGACUUUUGAAAUUUCUUUUCAUGUGAGUAUCAAUCACACCCAGCUGUCCUCCGCCUAUUCUUGUCAUGCACGUUCGAUCAGCACAGCCUCUGCCCUGACCUGUUCCACCUGUUUUUAAGGGGGCGCUGAUGGUAGAUAGGUUGGAAACUUCUCUUGUUAAUAGUUCUGUCACUGAUGUAUCAUUUUUAAAAUUUGUCACAGUAUUAACAAGACAUGCUUUUCCUAUUGCGAAAAAUAAAGGCUCGUCUUUUACUGUAA